CUGCACCUAUAUCACCGGGAACUCUAUCUCUCUCUUCAUUAUACUUGCGUUCGUGCUACGGUGUUGUCCGGGGCUUGGCGUCCGUCCCGGUCUUCCGAUCUGUUUUGGCGGAUCGCCCUUCUCCACACCAGAGCACAACCAUCUUCGGCUUUCCUCGAUCGCGUUGUUUCAAUUUCUCCAUUUGCAUCCCAUCAACGUCCUUGGCCUUUUUUUGAUUGAUACGUGGUCCCUACCUUCAGUGAUGUCCUAUUACCCGCCCUACCAAGGCGCCCCGGGGUAUCCCCCGCCGCAACAAUCUUACCCCCCACAGCAGCAAUACCCAGGGAUGCAUCAUCAACAGCAGUCUUAUGGUGGCUAUCCCGGCCAGUCCUACCACCAGCAGGGACCGCCGCCGCCGCAGUCCAACCCAUACGGUUACAGCCAUUCUCCGCAGCCGCCUCAACAGCCUUACGGAUCGCCAGCUCCACCUCAUGGCUACAACCAGGGCCCUCCGCCCGGAUACCAACAGUCGCAUAGCGGUCCGCCCAUGCAUCAAGGCCAAGGUGGGCGUCAGCCGGGAAACUACGGCAGUCAGUCCGGUGGUAACCCGGCCCCGCCUCCAACUGGGGCGGUCUCGUUUGGCAACGGUGCCCCGCAAGGAUAUAGCUUCCAGUACUCGCGCUGUACUGGUAAGCGCAAGGCACUCCUGAUCGGAAUCAACUAUUUCGGCCAGAAGGGUCAACUGCGCGGAUGUAUUAACGAUGUCAAGAACAUGUCCACAUAUCUGAACCAGAACUUCGGCUACGCGCGCGAAGACAUGGUCCUCCUUACCGAUGAUCAGCAGAACCCCAUGAGCCAGCCGACCAAGGCGAAUAUCCUGCGCGCUAUGCACUGGUUGGUUAAGGAUGCGCAGCCCAACGAUUCGUUGUUCUUCCAUUACUCGGGCCACGGCGGUCAGACACCAGAUCUUGAUGGUGAUGAGGAUGAUGGAUAUGACGAAGUCAUCUAUCCUGUCGACUUCCGGGUUGCGGGUCACAUUGUUGAUGAUGAGAUGCACCGGAUCAUGGUCCAGACGCUGCGCCCCGGUGUGCGCUUGACGGCCAUCUUCGAUUCAUGUCACUCAGGUUCCGCUCUCGACCUUCCCUAUAUCUACUCCACCUCUGGCAUACUCAAGGAGCCAAACUUGGCCAAGGAAGCCGGCCAGGGUCUUCUGGGUGUGGUGUCGGCAUAUGCGCGGGGCGAUAUGGGUGGUAUGAUGUCCACUGCCAUGGGCUUCCUCAAGAAGGCCACGAAGGGCGAUGAAGUGUACGAGCGCAACAAGCAGACCAAGACCAGCCCUGCGGACGUCAUCAUGUGGUCUGGCAGCAAGGACGACCAGACGAGUCAAGAUGCACAGAUCGCUGGCCAAGCUACCGGCGCCAUGUCGUGGGCUUUCAUCGCCGCCUUGCGCAAGAACCCCCAGCAGAGCUAUGUCCAGCUGCUUAAUAGCAUUCGGGAUGAACUUUCGUCCAAGUAUACCCAAAAGCCGCAGUUGAGCUGCAGCCACCCUCUGGACACGAACCUUCUUUAUGUGAUGUAAAAUUGCCGCUGGAAGCGAAAGCCAUUGGAGCGAACGCUAGUUAGCCCUUAUUUUGUAUGCGCGAGGAAUCAGUUGAUGUUUAUUUUUCCAUUAGGGACGUCCUUUUGCUGUAUGUAAUUUUCAUUCCACGGUGUCAGGGCUGUGCACCGCUUCUUGGCUUGGAUAACCCGGUGCACCACUUGUGAUCUUUUCUAAUGAAUAUUUUGAUCACAUUUUGAACCCCGCAAUGUACUUCAGGCCGACAUAGCGCCCCUGCAACGACGGGGGGAGUGGUGCGUCUGAAAUCAACGUAG